AUGUUCGGAAGCAACCCCUUUGGGCAAUCAUCUAGUGCAUUUGGGUCACAACCAGUUUUUGGGCAAGUCAGUAAUGCUAGUAGCAAUCCGUUUGCUCCUAAACCCUUUGGUAGUACAAGCCCAUUUGGUUCACAGACAGGGGGUUCCAUUUUUGGUGGUACAUCUACUGGUGUGUUUGGUGCCCAAUCCUCUUCUCCUUUAGGUUCAACUUCAGUGUUUGGUGCUUCAUCGACCCCUGCUUUUGGAUCUUCUCCAACUCCUGCUUUUGGUGGCUCAACAUCAGCAUUUGGCGGUAACGGUUCUUCUGUGUUUGGGCAGAACCCUGCUUUUGGUGGCUUUGGGUCAAGUACUACUCAAACAAGUCCAUUUGGAAGCUCAUUUCAACAAUCACAACCGGCAUUUGGAAGUAAUCUAUUUGGUUCAUCUACACCUUUUGGUACGCCAAGUCAACCUGCAUUUGGUGCCACUAGCACUCCUGCAUUUGGCUCGUCAAGCACUCCUGCAUUUGGUGCCACAAGCGCACCAUCUUUUGGUGCUACAAGUACACCUGCCUUUGGUUCCACGACAAGCUCAACAUUUGGUAACUCAGGCAGUGGAUUUGGUGUGUCAAGUUCUCCUGUUUUUGGAUCAACUACUCCUGCGUUUGGUGCUUCUUCCACUCCAGCAUUUGGUGCUUCUUCCACUCCAGCAUUUGGUGCUUCUUCUACUCCAGCAUUUGGUGCAUCCAGCUCUCCAGCAUUUGGUGCCUCAAAUGCUGCUUUUGGUGCGGCCAGUACUCCCAAUUUUAGCUUUGGGUCUAGUCCUGCAUUUGGCAAUAGCCCAUUUGGAUCUACAGCGUCAGCCUUUGGAGCUCAAAGUGUUCCUUUUGGAGCUCAAGCUACGACCCCAACUUUUGGGAGCUCUGCUUUUGGGCAGUCUGCAUUUGGAGGGCAACAACGUGGGGGGUCUAGAGUAGCUGCUUACACCCCGACACCUGAGGUAGAUGGUGGUAGUGGUACACAACCGGCUGGUAAGCUUGAAUCUAUUUCAGCCAUGCCCGUCUACAAAGAUAAAAGCCAUGAAGAACUUAGGUGGGAGGACUACCAGUUGGGAGAUAAAGGGGGGCCAGCUCCAGCCAGUCAGUCUGCAGGUGCAGUUGGCUUUGGUAGUUCAGGCUUUGGAUCAUCGACCACUCCUGCAUUUGGUCAGUCAUCAGCAAAUCCUUUUUCAUCCUCAACAGCUUCCAACCCAUUUGCCUCUAAAACUCCAGCUUUCGGUAGCUCUGGUUUUGGAGCUUCAUCUGCUCCUUCAUUUGGUUCUUCACCUUUUGGAGCGUCUACUACAUCUAACCUUUUCGGUUCGUCAUCAUCCUCCAUUUUUGGCUCCACGACUCCAGCAUUUGGAGCCAGUACCUCCCCGUCCCUGUUUGGCUCCUCAAGCUCGUCAGCUUUUGGAUCUUCACCAUCUAUCUUUGCCUCUUCAUCGGCUCAGGGAACUACCCCAUCAUUUGGCUCUGGCUUAAAUUUUGGCAACACACAGUCCACACCUUUCCAGUCUGCCGCACCUUCGCUUGGACAGUCUAGUUCUGUUUUUGGACAGGCAACUUCAGUCUUUGGGCAAACCACCCCAGCUUUUGGUCAAUCAAAUUUAUUUAGUACACCUUCUACUGGCUUUGGCGGGAAUCUAUUCUCAAGCACUCCAUCAUUACUAAACACCAGCAACCCUGUGGGAUUUGGCCAAACAACUCCAUCCCUUUCCAUGCCUUUUCAACCUUCACAGCCAACUCAGAGUUCUGGUGGUUUUGGCUUUAGCAACUUUGGACAGCCACAAACAGCUAGUGCAAGUGUCUUUGGUGGCACACCGAGCAUCUUUGGCCAGGGCACAUUUGGACAGUCGUCUGGCACUCAAAGCUCUUUGGUUGCUCAAUCUGCUCCUGCUACAAAUCCUUUUGGAACCCUGCCAGCGAUGCCCCAGAUAUCAAUUGGCCGCACAGGCACUUCUCCUUCCAUCCAGUAUGGAAUUUCCAGUUUGCCAGUUGUUGACAAACCAGUGCCUAUCAGAAUAUCAUCUUUGUUGACGUCUCGGCACCUUUCUCAGAGGCGUAGUAGAUUGCCUGCAAGGAAAUAUCACCCUAAAAAUGAUGGUCCAAAGGUGCCAUUUUUUAGUGAUGAUGAAGAGACACCCAGCACGCCAAAGGCAGAUGCUCUUUAUAUUCCACGGGAGAACCCAAGAGCUUUAAUAAUUCGUCCAUUAGAACAGUGGCCCUCUAGAUCAAGCGCAGAGAGGACAACCCCGUCAAAGCCCAAGUCUACUCCUGUACAUGAGAAUGGUAAAAUUCCUGAAGAUAUUCCCACUCUCAUAAAUGUCUACGGAACUGAGAAUAAAGAUGAAGAUGGGGUCAUGAAUGGUCUUGCUGAGGAACAAGGUCACUCUGUCGAUUUGAACCAGAAUGCUAAUGAGUUCCAUGAUGGUGUUUCUAAGCUAGGAGAUUCUUACAUCACUCUUACUGGCCACCGAGCUGGUGAAGCAGCAAUUGUUUAUGAGCAUGGUGCAGACAUAGAGGCACUGAUGCCAAAGCUUCGCCACUCUGACUACUACACAGAGCCACGAAUUCAGGAGCUGGCUGCAAAGGAAAGAGCCAAGCCAGGGUUUUGUCGCCAUGUGAAGGACUUUGUGGUUGGGAGACAUGGUUUUGGUAGCAUCAAGUUCUUUGGGGAGACGGAUGUGCGAAGGCUUGAUCUGGAGUCUCUUGUUCAAUUCAAUAAUCGAGAGGUUAUUGUGUAUAUGGAUGAGACCAAGAAACCUCCAAUUGGACAAGGUCUCAACAAACCUGCCGAGGUAAAACUCCUCAAUAUAAAAUGUUUUGAUAAAAAGACUGGACAGCAAUACACAUCGGGACCAAGAAUUGAGAAGUACAAAGAGAUGCUUAAAAGAAAGGCUGAGGAUCAAGGUGCUGAGUUUGUGUCCUAUGAUCCAGUCAAAGGAGAAUGGAAGUUCAGGGUCAAUCAUUUCAGUGAGUACAAGCUUGGAGAUGAUGAAGAAUAA